AUGUCGGCAAGUGAAUCAAAUAAUAACGCGACAAAUUUGAAGAUGCAGUCGAACACAAUUAAUUCGGCUUUAGCUUCAAUACAUCCAUUAACUACACAACCUCAAACGCCAUCGCCUCCACCUUUACCAUUAAUCACAACAACAUCAUUACCAUCAUCACCAGCACCAUUUAAUGAAGAUAAACAUACGGAAAAAACUUAUAAGAAAGGAAAACAAAUUUUAUUUGAAUUUGAUCAAAUCUUUAAAGAUAUUCGUUUUCAACUUAAUGAACAAUUAAAAUCCUUAGAACAACGUAUUGAAACACAAUUAUCAAUUCUUACUGAAAUACAAGAAUAUUUUAAACGUCGUGCUGAUGUUGAACUUGAUUAUGCUAAAAAUCUUGAUAAUUUACAUAAACAAAUAGGUCAAAAGCAUCGUGCACAAAAAGCACGACGUGAAACUUGGAGUCUUCAAUCAAUAUAUAAAUUAUGGGAUACUAUUGUUCAAGAUACUCGUACUCAUGUUAAAUAUCAUUCAAUUAUGUCUGAUGUUUGUGGAAAAUAUAUGUAUGAUAAAUUUAAUGAAAUAGCUGAUGAUACACGACGAAUGUUUACAAAAUGUAAAUCGGCUGGGUUGGCUAGUCAUGAAGAUAUAUAUAAAGUACUUAAUGAAUUACAGAGUACAAUGAAAACCUAUCAUCAGUAUCAGAGUGAAAGUAAACAAGCCGAACAAAAAUUGCGAAAUAUUCAACAACAGAUGGCGAAGAUAAAAAGUGCAAAAAAACAAAAAACAAUGGAAAAACGAGUUGAAAAAGUAAAUUUUUGCCUAAAUUAGUUCGACAUCAAGGACAUCUUGAAAAAAUAGUCUAUUCCAAUUUCCCUAAUAAUUUUUUCAUGCUAUCGUAAUGAUUUAUAUCACAACAUCUCCUAAUCGAUUUUUAAGUUCAUACUCAUCCUCUCUGAUAGGAAGAGUACCAGAAUGAAACAUGAGCUAUUCCUAUGAGAGAUGUUGUAAAAAUAAGAUUAAGUAUUGCUCUUGAUUGUUAAUAUUCAUAUAGAGAAAAA